AUGGCGAUGUUUUUCCAAGGAGAUAAAGUCGAAGUAUGCAGCAAGGAAGAAGGGUUCUUGGGUUCUUACUACCAAGCUAAAAUAUUAUCCCCGUUGAACGACAAUACUCUUUAUAGAGUGCAGUACAAGAACCUGGUUGAAGAAGAAGAUCAGACUCGGCCUCUGGUUGAGAUAGUUUCAGCCGACGAGGUUUUCCAUUAUCUGGACUCGGUGGAUGCUUUUGACAACGAUGGUUGGUGGGUGGGGAAGAUCACUGGGAGACAGGAUCUAAAUAUUGGGUUUAUUUUGAAACUACCGAGAUGA